CGUUCGCACAGGUACUACAAUAUUUAAACAUGUCAAAGCGAAGUCAUGAAAGUGCUACGCAAGGUGAAUCUCGUGAAGAGAGAUGGCUAAGGAAGUUGAAGUUAUAUGAAGAAAAAUUGAGUGCGAAAAGAAGUCGGCUUGCUGAAAAUCAGCAGAUAUUACCUCCAGUUGAAGGAGAAGUACAAAUUGAAGAACAUCCCGAAUAUAAUGAGGGUAUAUUGGCCGGAUCUCAACAGCCCACCCAUAUAGAAGUUGUGUUACCAGCAGACACCGAAAGAACGGCGCCUAUAGAUACUGAGGCUGCUGAGUUUAGCGAAAUGACGGAAACGACAGCAUGUACGAGCCCUAACUGCACUACGUGCUACGUUAUUGAGGAAAAUAUGGACGUCAGCGAUUAUGAUCCCGAUCUGUUACGAGAAUUAGGAGAUGAAGAAGCAGAUCCCGCUGAAUUCGGAGACGACUUGCAAGCGGAUGUUGCCGCAAGAUUCCAACGAAUAUUACAAGAUGGUCUUAAUAAAGAGGAAAAGGAUGGCCUUAUUAAGAAAUGCCCUUAUCCUAAAAAUGUCCCAUUAGCCAAAAGUCCAACUCUAAACCCGGAAAUAAGCGUUAACUUAGCGGAGGCGUGUAAGUUAAGAGACAAGAGACUACUUUCAAAGCAAGAUCAGCUUGGUAAAGCACUUUCAGCUUUGGGAAAUGCAUUCACAAAUCUGUUAAAAAAAACACCAGAUAUUCCAGACGUCAUACGUACUCUGAAUGACGCUGGUAAAUUACUGGCAGACUCACAUUAUGCCGAGACUGAUACUCGGCGAUCGGUCUUAAUACCUUUGAUUGACAAAUCUCUGGCAGAUCCAUUUAAAGACAGAAAAAGAGAUACUUUUCUUUUCGGAGAAAAACUUGGGGAUUUAGUAAAAGACUCACAGGGCAUAAAAAAGACAGGCCAGUUCAUUCACCCCGCUCCAUCAACGAGUUCAAAUUUAAAUGCAAGAGGCCCAUUGUCCCGAGGAAACCGACAGCAGCGCGGCGGCCAGUCGUACCAUCCACGAGCCGGUGGGCCGAGAAAUGUGCCGAUGGGCCCGCCAUAUCAGAACCGACGGCGAGCAGCUCAGUACACAGCGCAGCAACAGCCGCCCGCACGGCGCCAUGUCGCGCCGCCGCCAGGCCCACCGGCGCCGGCGCGCCGUGCCCCUCCUCCACCAUACCGCCCCUCGACGAGUCGUCGAGCUUAGUGGCUCAACCUCCGCAGGUACAGGUACAUUCCGGACGUUUGAAAUAUUUUCUUCAACAGUGGCAAUCUAUUACAAAUGAUGCAUUUAUAUUGAAAACUGUGACUGGUUAUAUAAUCCCCUUUAGUGAAGUACCUCAUCAAAAUCCAAUGGAUUGUCCGCGACGAUCUUUUGGUAGUAAUGAUUUGUCAGAAGUAAAAAAU